UCAUAAACCCUAGUUUCUUCUACCUUCCCCCAAAUUUUGAUUUUUGCCAUUUUGGGUCUGACGAGUUGGUAAAUGGAGUCGAACACUCAUCGAUUUUCACCAACACAAGAAUCCAUGUGUCACUGAACAUUUGUAAGUUUUGGAGAAAUUUUGGAGAUUUUUUUUUUCUGUCGAGCUUGAAUCGUUUCCAACAUUUGGUAACCCUCAUUGCGUUCUCAUGUAUACUACUCUGACACUCCAUGGAAGAAGGUCUCUCGUGUUACAGAAAUGGCAUAAUUUGAGAGGUUCAUUGCAAAAUGUAUUCUUUGCUUUUUCCAGUUCCGCUAGUGCUGAUGUUGUGAGACCUAGAGAUGAUGAUCGAAAAGGUAACAACUUUACAGUCUCUUACCUCGUUGAUUCGUUGGGUUUAACUAGGAAACUCGCGGAAUCGAUCUCGAAGAAAGUCAGCUCCGAGGGCAAGGCUAAUCCUGAUUCUGUUCUGUCUCUUCUUAAAAGUUAUGGUUUCACAGAAUCUCAGAUCUCCAGCAUCGUUAGUAGCUAUCCACGGUUGUUUAUAUUAGAUGCUGAGAAAUCUAUUGGUCCCAAGCUUCAGUUUCUGCAGUCCAGAGGAGCUUCAACCUCCGAGCUCACUGAGAUCGUUUCUAAAGUCCCUAAGAUCUUGGGAGUGAGAUGGCAGAAAGCAAUCAGCAGACACUACGAUUUCGUUAAAGACAUCAUAGAAGCGGAUAAGUGUUCCAAAAGGUCUUUUCAGUCUUCUUUGCCAUUGCCACAGGCUAAUAAGCUCAGGAAUGUAUUGGUUUUGAGAGACUUGGGCGUGCCUCAGAAGCUUUUGUUCUCUAUGCUCAUCUCCGAUAACCGUGCCUGCUAUGGAAAAGAAAGAUUUGAAGACUCCCUCAACAAGGUUCUUGACUUGGGGUUUGAUCCUAAAACCUUAAUGUUUGUCGAGGCUCUACACGUUGUUUACCAAAUGAGCGACAAGACGAUUGAAGAUAAAGUCAACGUCUAUAAAAGGUUAGGCUUUGAGGUAGAAGAUGUAUGGGCAAUGUUCAAGAAGUGGCCAAAGUUUCUGACACACUCGGAGCAGAAGAUAGUGGACACCAUGGAAACGUUUCUGGGCCUAGGAUUCAGCAGAGAUGAGUUUGCUAUGAUGGCCAAGCGCUUUCCUCAGUGCCUUGGAUGUUCUUCAGUGACGUUGAAGAAGAAGACUGAGUUUGUGGUGAAGAAGAUGAAUUGGUCACUAAAGGCUGUAACUUCAAAUCCUGCGGUGUUUGGAUACAAUUUUGAGAAGAGGAUUGUACCAAGGUGUAACGUGAUCAAAACUCUCAUGUCCAAAGGAUUGAUGAAAAGUGAGCUCCCUCCAAUGUCACAUGUGUUGGCAGUUACCGAUGAAGCUUUCUUGAACAAGUUUGUGAGGAAGCUUGAUGACAAGGAGAUUGUGGCUGACUUGAUGGCUAUCUUAACCGGUGGUCGAGUCUCAUAAGCUCAUAAGCCUUGUCAAAGUGUUUUUCCUUUUUUGUUUCUGUUAGUUUUAGAUUCGUUGAUGAAUCUCUUGAUACUGACAUGGGGAGUGAAAAGUGCAGAGGAAUGAGUUGACGAC